AUGAAUAUUAGCUCUGAACUUAAAAAAAAAAUGAAGAUCUUUGGUUUUGAGAGGGAUAACCAAACUUUGUCGUGUAGUGCCGAAAAUCUAGAAGAUGUUUACACUUCUAGUUUUGAACUCUAUCCUUUCCACGAGGGCAAAGAGUUUGCUGUGUAUAAAGGUCUAUAUAAUGGAAUAGGUCCGAAGCGUGGUGAAUUUUGUGUAGUUAAAAGUAAACUGAACAAAAAGCAGAAGCUGAAUUCUUGGAAUCAAAUUACUUUUAUUAGUGCGAAAGCCCAGCAUUAUUCAUAUCUUUUCAAUUCAUACGUCAAACAUCGUUUCAUUAGCUUCACCUCGCCUCGUCAAGCCAUUCUAGAAACAGUCUCCGAUUUCAUUCCCGUUAUUAGACUUGUCAAACAUCAUGAAAAUAAACUGAAAUCAAGGGAAAUCAUUCUGAUGGAAGACUUUAUUGAAGGAAAAUUUCAAAGAUUCAGUACGCCGUCUGGUUUAGUGAACAGUGCAAACUGUGACGGUAUUCUUGAAGCUUUCUCACAUUUUUCAUGGAACGUUUCGCGCGAAAUAAUCAUUUCCGGUUUACAAGGAGCAUGUCAAGGCGCCACCUAUCAUCUCACUACACCUACAAUUCAUUCAACAACUGGAUCGUUUGGAGAAAAUGAUAGACAGUGGCCAGGGAUCUUAGAAUUCUUUGCCUCACAUCGAUGUAACAAUAUCUGCAGUGGAUGGAUGCGACCAGAUGUUCCCCACCAUCUCAAGUUCUAUAGUUCCACAAACUGUUGUAAAGCCACAGCACCAACACCAUCAUUUAGUGAAGCAUCGAGUCACUUUUAG